CUGCCAUUUUGUAUCUCCACAGUCUGGUCAGAGGAAGUUGGUCGUCAACGAAGAAGGAAGCAAAUAUGCGACUGUUCACUUCAUCUGCACAUUUAAUCAAAACAUUUUAGUGUUUGAUUGUUUAGAUAAAUUGACGUUAGUAUCGGUUGGUUGACUGCUCCUCUUGUAAUCUGUCCAUCAUCGUGUCGGCCUUCAUCUUGUUUACGUUUUGCUUUAGAGGUAGCAGGAGAGCUAACGCUAACGACGUUAGCCGGCUAGCUUAGCUAGCAAACAGCUGUAUAAGCGUUAGCUUUCUAACGCUAACCACAGUCAGUGGCGAAAUGGCGGCCAACACGACACAAGUAACCCCUACAACAAACUGGUCGUAUGGUGGUUCUGGAGACAGCCAGGUUCACGAAAACCCAGAAUGGGAGAAAGCAAGACAAGCACUGGCGUCCAUUAGCAAAAGUCAGAGCUCUGCUAAGACUACUCAAGCCAACAGGACAGCAACGGCAGAGGCUGGUCAGUUUCAGCCAGCAGUGACUGACUCUGCUGCCAUGCAGCAACAGCAGCAACAACAACAACAGCAGCAGCAGCAGCAACAACAGCAACAACAACAGCAGCAGCAGCAGCAGUACUAUCCAUGGUACCAGCAAACUCAGCAGCAUUAUCCUGGAUACACGUACCCUUAUAAUUACUACUACCCCAUGGGUCCAUAUGGAGCUGCUUAUCCACCAAAUCAGUAUGGUGUACCCCCAGGGCCUUACCCCGGAACUCCCACCUCUAAUGGACAGCCUCCCCCGGUGCCUGGAAUGGAAGACCAGUCCCCUGGCUACCCCUCCCAAACUCAGCCUCCUCCCCCUGCUACUCCCCAGCCACCCCAGAGCCCAACCACCACAGAGAAACCCCCUCCCCCUCCACCCCCACCUAUUCCUCCUCCUCCGAACUCCCAGUACCCCCCUCCUCCAUCACAAAAUGCUUACAGUGCCAAUAACUCCAUGCCAUACCCACCUGGUGACCCCAACCAAAUGCAAGUUUACAAUCAUUCCCAGGGAAGGUCUAACUAUGGACAGGGCUUCCAGGCACAGAACACCUAUCAGGCCUCUCAGAAUCCCUCCCAGCAGCAACAGCAGCCAGGCCAGUAUGUACCAGGGCUUGGCAGAGGAGAGGCCAACAAAAACAAAAACCAAAAACAAGGACAGCAACUGUGGCACCGCAUGAAACAGGCACCUGGGACAGCUUCAGUGAAGUUCAAUAUUCACAAGAGGCCCUAUCAGGUUCAGUGUUCUCCAUUGUCCAAUCAGACUUUCCCUCCAGGCGAGCAGCCCUCAGGAUUGAAUCCAACUCCUUCCUCCCCGGGUUCUGCCAGCGCUGCACCUGGAGGGGCUCAGACACGACCCCAGGACUGGCCCCAGGCUAUGAAGGAGUACGUGCAGCGCUGUUUCACAGCCUGUGAGACAGAGGAAGACAAAGAUCGUACAGAGAAGGUGCUGAAAGAAGUUCUGCAGGACCGGCUGAAGGAUGGCUCUGCUUACACCAUUGAUUGGACUCGUGAGCCAUUGCCAGAACUAAAGGUCAAGCAGUCUCGUUGGGAAGCUGUUUCAUCCCAGAGGUCAUCAGAUGGCUCAAUUAGCCGUGGUGGAAGUACAGUGGCUGCAUCGUCAAGAGGCAGGGGUGGUGGACACAGACUGGGCCACUACAGGAAUGUAUUUUCUCAGAGGAGUCCAUCUUCUAGUUCCUCCCGAUCCUCCUCCCGCUCUCCAUCCCCCUCCCAUGGCCGACACAGGGACCGCAGCAACCAAAGGCAUAGACGCAGUGAUUCUGGCUCACAGUCAGACAGCAGCAUUUCCAGUGACCUCCGACCUCAGCUGUCACGAAGGAAUCAGAGAGGUGCACGUGGUCGUGGUAAUGACAGGGAAAGAGGCCGUGGAGGUGGAGAGCGAGGAAGAGGAAGAGGAGGAAAGGCAAACAGAGGAAGGCGAAACAUGGAUGAUUCCAAUGCAGCUGUGGGAAAGAAAAGAAAAGGUGGCAAUGCUGGUCUGGAUUUCCACGACCCCAACAGAGAGGCCAAGAAGCAGAGCAGAGCGGCUCGUUUCCACAAGCAGCUUCGCUCAGAGCCCCUGGUUCUCUCCAUCAAUGCCCUGGACUUACCUGAUGGGACACAGGAGGGCCUCAGCUGGGAGGACUGCCCCAUUGUGGGAACAUGCCAGGAUAUUACCAAGCCUUACCUGAGGCUCACCUGUGCCCCAGAUCCCUCCACUGUGCGCCCUGUACAUGUCCUGAGGAAGUCUCUGCAGGCUGUGAAAGUCCACUGGAAAACCCACCAGGACUACACCUAUGCCUGCGAACAGAUGAAGUCUAUACGACAGGACCUCACGGUCCAAGGAGUUCGUACUGACUUCACAGUGGAAGUGUACGAGUGUCAUGCUCGUAUUGCUCUGGAAAAGGGAGACCACGAAGAGUUCAACCAGUGCCAGACCCAGCUGAAGGCCCUGUAUAAGGACAAUCCCUCAGAGAACAUUGGAGAGUUCACAGCAUAUAGAUUGAUGUAUUACAUCUUCACUAAAAACUCUGGAGAUCUGACCACUGAGUUGGUGUACUUGACCCCGGCGCUGCGGGCAGAUGAGUGUGUGUCUCAUGCUCUUGCACUCCGCGCUGCCUGGGCAUUAGGAAACUAUCGCCGUUUCUUUAAGCUGUACCAGGAAGCCCCGCGCAUGGCUUCAUACCUCAUUGACAAGUUUGUAGAGAGGGAAAGAAAGGUUGCUCUUCGGGCCAUAGUCAAAACGUUCAGGCCCGACUUGCCGGUGCAGUAUGUGCAGUCCAAUCUGGGCUUCUCUUGUUUAGACUCCUGUAUGGCCUUUCUUACUGGGCUAGGUGUCACCUUCUGUCCCUAUGACCCCCAAAAGAUAGACUGCAAAGCCAGCACAGCCACUUUGGCUGCUUCCUGAGGGGGGUGGGGGCUUAGUGCCAUGAAGGGAGACGUUAAGGGACCAUCAUGGAUCCUUACAUAUACAAUGCACUGCACUUCAGACACCUGAGCCUGUUCAGAUAGAGUAGCUGGCAGACUUAACAACUAUAAAAGACCCAUUUAGAAAGAAACAUGCUAGAAUACCUUCCAGAUGUAGUUUCUGACUCAGAUCACACUCAGAUAAACACGAGGAGUCUGCACACAUUGUCACUCACAUAUUGUACGUUAGCCUAACACCCUAACUACAUUUAUAAUGCCAGGAAAGUGAGUGAACAGUUAAAGUUUGGGGUUAACAUUUAAUCUGAGCACUAAAAGGCCAAGAAGUCACAGAACCAGAUCAGGGAGGCACCCUCAUGGUUCCUGUUCCAUAGCCACCAUCAGAUGUCAAAGCUAACAGUGUUCUGUUAUGUCUUUUCCUUCCUCAAGUCAACAGCUUCAAGACCUGAAGAUUCAAGCCUUGUCAACCAAAAGGGAAACACAAACAGCCGUUCUUCAAGUCAUCCAGCUCUCUCCUGUUUAAAGUGAAGCCCACAGAUUCAGGUCAACGUUACAUAUUCCUCUUAGAGACUGUGAAACAACUCGGUGAGAAGAUGCCAACAGUUUGUCUGAAAAAAGAAGAAGAGGUGGUGGUUUGUAUGUCCUGUCCUGCACCCCGUUUCCUCAAGGUAUCUACAGUUGGCUGUUCCUUGUCCCUAAUCAUAAGGCCUGUAAGAGCAAUGGACUCAAGUCUGUUCCUGAUUGAAUUAAGUUGUAUUCAUUUGCUGGCCACAGUCAUGAAAUAGUUGGCCAGCCUUCCGGAAAAAGUCUCAAUCUGAUGAGCAUUGACUUUGUGUAUGAUAAAGAAUGCAGGCGAGUGUUCUUCAUCAAGGUGAUCUCCUCACUCCCCCGUCCCCUUAAAGCUGAGCUCCAUCUCCAGGAUCAAAGCAGCCAGAGGCAGAGAGGGAAUCUGCCUCCAUCAUCCUCAGGUAGAAGUCCUGCCAGCAGCCUGGAAUCCAUCAGACCACGAUCAACACAGCAAAGUGAUAAAGCCCAUCUUUGAUCCACGUUGGUUGUCUCAACCUCACCAGCUGUUAAUCAAAAGAAACAGCCCAGCGUCUUUGAAUACAGCUGAAGGUGAAUUCAGCAUCGACAGGAAACCUGCUGCUGCUGCAACAAGAAGGAGUAACAAUGAGUGGUUUGUAUGCUACCUCUGGUUCUGGUGUGCAAGGCUGGUAAGCGAGAGGGACUUCUCUGGAAGGAGGUGGAUGACGGCACAACAGAGAUGUUGCCUCACAUUUCUUCUGUGUUAAAUGUUUUAUGUGGUAGUGUUUUGGACAGCAGUAUUGGCCUUUCUCUUGACAAAAGGAAACAAGCAUUAUGGAGCUGCAAUGCAGAUUUUUAGAAAACAUUUUCAGGUUGAUAUUGGACAAAUGAAUUAAGUAUCACAUCAAAUUUGACUUCGUAAAAUACCAAAAAUGGCGACAGUAAGAUCAUAGAAAUGACACUGUCUGCCAUAUGGUAAAGUAUUUAACAUCAAAACUUGAGUUUUAAACUGAUGCAGACUGCAAUAAAGAAGGAGGGAGAUGUAAGCUGAGUUAAGACUAGUGCUUUAAUGUCCAUUUCAUUCAGCAGCUAUGAUAAAAUGUUCCAAAAUACAACCUGCAGCUGUAGCUUUUUUACCCAAAGUGAAAGACAUAAGUUUCUGAGUGGCAGUGGCGUUGUAGUGGAGUUUGUUCUUUUUGAUGCGAUUUUGGUCCAUUUAUCUUCAGGAGGUUUGUUCUUUUCAGGACCUAGAAUACUAUUGGUGGUGGUGGACACUGUUUUAGGUGAUGAUUGGGGAAAAUAUGUACAACAAUAUUUAAAAUACUAGUGAUGUGGUUAAAAAAUGUACUCCAAAACCAACAGAACCUUUCACACAGAUUUAUUUGGAUACUGCUUUCCUUCAUAUUCUACAAUUUGGGCCCUCAUACUGAAGGAUUUUACUGAUAUUGAAAGCACAGGUUGACAUUGUUCCUCAUAAUUUGAUUUAUUUUAAUUUUAUUUGAACAGUAUUCAUUUACCACUGUAGAAAUUUUGAGCCUGAGGUAUUUAAGACUGUGGUGUGACUAACCAGAACAUGAGUGAAGGCAGGCUUGCUGUACAAUCUACAUGUUUACUUGUCUACAGAGUAUAUUUUUGUAAAUAUUGUAUUAUAUUGCUGUGAUUUCUUUUGUAGUUAAUGCAUAGUGUAGGUUUUUUGUUCACACACGGGUAAGUGUGAUUUUUUUUCUUCUGCGAAUCUCUUCUUAGACUAUCUAUGUGAAUAUGUAAAUUUAAAUGCAGAUAAUUGGAUUGGCGUGUGUGCCGUGUCUUCAUCAGUGGAGUUAAUCAUCAGCCGUUUCCUGUGCUAGUUUCUCCCAGUACAGCCUGAAAACAUUAGCACCGCCUCCUAAAGCAGAUUGUGGCGAGAUAUCAUGCUUAAUUUCCUGUGGUAGUACAAAUGUGGUUGUUAAAAAUGUCCCGUUAAUAGGCAAAACACACAGUGCCACAUUUGUGUCAUGUAACUGUUAAGUUUUGGCAGAUUGUUUCAUGCAAACAAACGUCAUGGUAACGCCCUCCACAAAGAGAUGACUUUCCAUCAGAUUGACAAAACGCUCUUGUAAACCUGACUCAUCAAUUUGUUCAAACUGUUCACUGUUGACCAUUAUUUCAGCAAACGAUUUGUAAUGACAACGAUCUCAACAUGUUUUCUUUCUUCCCCCUUCAUUUACCUGACCCCCCCGCCUUCUUUGCUGUUCCCUCCCCUCGCUCCCUAAACCUUCCUCUCACACACCACCAGACCUCUCAUUCUUCAGCUCGUAGCACUGCUGCAUUGCAGGAGCGCACGGAGCGAUGAUAAGUGGGCGAAUCACCUCCAGACGCCAGCCGGAGAGGGUGAAAUUGUGAGCAAUCCAAGUGUUGGUUUGACCCACUCAAGUUGAAGCCGCACAGCUGAUGAAAUACAUGGGAGCCUCACAUAGUGAAACACAAGAAAUGUUGAUGUUGCUGCUAACGAGAUUUGCUGCUAACCCAAAUAUUUAAAGUGUUUUGUUUUUUUCUGUGCCUGUUUAGCUUUAAAAAAAAGUUUGACAUUUGACAAAGUCAACAUGUACUGCUGUUUUCUGUCUGUCCAGAUGCAUUUAUACUUUUUUUAAAUAAUUUGCCCACAAUUUUUCGCUGGGAAAAAUCUGUCAUCAUUCAGUAUUUGUUUUGUUUGACCCCAUGUAUAUUUAGUUAGGAAUCAUUCGGCUGGUGUUAUGUUGGUGGACGAGUAGGUUCCAGAGUAGCAGUAGAGCCUUAAAUCCGUAAUUUUAAAAAAAUGUGUCUGGACAUACAGAACAGUUAUCUGAAACUCACCUGCAUUUGUGUUAAUUUUCCAUAUUAAGACAUCUUCUAUAGGCAAUGCUUCUUAUCUGAUCGGUGCUGGUGUGUGCUCCCAUGCUAAGAAAUGACAUUUGGUUUCCUAUGUGUACAAGCUUGACUGGCGGUAGUUUGUUGCCUUUGGUUUGUGUAAAUGUGAAACUUUUGACACAUGGUUGAAGUGUGUACAUGUGAUGUCUCAGGUUUUCAGCAUUGAUACAGCCCAGGAUGUUUGCUCUCUUGUUUAUUAUAUAUUUAUUUUCUUUUUCUUUUUUUUUUAGUAGAAUAUUUACCCCAGACAACUAACAAUACACAUUUUCAUUUUGGGUGUUUUGUUUUCCCUCUCCGAUGCCCGAGUCAUGUUUUCAGUAUUUGAUUUGCUCCCAUGUGACUGUAUACCUCCUCAUCAGUCUUUGUAACUCCUCUCUUGAUAUUUACUGGAAGAACUCCCCUGUCCUGCACCUCUGCUGUGUUCAUCCCCCGCCUUUUCCCUUUUUAAAUUAGUCUCUGUUCUUUCUAUUUACCCCUCUCCCUGCAUGCUGUCCUCUCCUGCGCUCCUCCUACAACUCUCUAACCAGUAUUUGUUCUCUCUUCAUCCUUCUCUUUUCCUUUGUUGAGUAUGUUUGUGACCGUCUGCUGUGUGCAGUUAGUCACGCUCACUAGUAAGUAUUGUAUUGCGUCUGCAAUGCUUUAAUAGUUUAUGUUGCAGCUCACUAACAACUGAAGCUGAAGGUCUAUCUGCAAUGCCUCCUCCCUAUCGACAGAUCUGACGUGAUAAACUGCCAUUUUGUAAAUAUUGUGUGUAAAUAUAUAUUUUUGAAAAAAAAUCUAAUAAACAUCAAUUAUAAAGAGCAA